GCUGGUUUGCAAAACCUACAGAAAAGAAGGCAUCGGUGAGUCCUCAUGAGGACAUGAAGGCGGCUUUUAUGGCUGAAAUGAAAGCUGAAAACAUCAAGCAGUUUCUUUACAAUUUUACGCAGCUUCCUCACCUAGCAGGAACAAAGGAGAAUCUGCACCUGGCACAACAAGUCCAGGCUGAGUGGAAGGAGUUUGGUUUGGAUUCUGUUCAAUUGGUGCAUUAUGAUGUCUUGCUCUCUUACCCUGAUGAUGCUAAGCCCAACUACAUCUCAAUAAUUGAUGAGCAUGGAAAUGAGAUUUUCAACACAUCAUUAUCUGAGCCUCCUCCUCCAGGAUAUGAGGCUGUUAGAAAUGUGGUGCCACCUUACAGUGCGUUCUCAGCCCAAGGAGUGCCGGAGGGUGAGUUAGUGUAUGUGAAUUAUGGCCGCACUGAAGACUUCUUUAAGGUAGAACGUGAAAUGGGAAUUAACUGUACAGGAAAGAUUGUUAUUGCCAGAUAUGGGAAGAUCUUCAGAGGAAAUAAGGUGAAGAAUGCUGAAUUGGCAGGCGCCAAGGGAGUUAUUCUGUACUCUGACCCUGCUGACUACUGUGCCCCAGAAGUAGAUCCCUAUCCAAAUGGCUGGAACCUUCCAGGUGGAGGAGCCCAGCGUGGGAAUGUAUUAAACCUGAAUGGGGCAGGGGAUCCUCUGACACCAGGUUAUCCUGCAAAAGAAUACACCUACCGAUUAGACAAAGCCAGUGGUGUAGGUCUCCCCAGAAUUCCAGUUCAUCCCAUUGGCUAUCAUGAUGCUGAGACAUUACUGCGCAAUAUGGGAGGGUAUGCACCACCGCAUAGUAGCUGGAAAGGAAACUUGAAUGUCUCUUACAACGUUGGUCCUGGUUUCACAGCAAAUUACUCUACAAGAAAGGUGAAAAUGCACAUUCAGAGCCACAAUGAAAUAACGAGGAUUUACAAUGUGAUUGGUACCAUCAGAGGCAGAGUGGAACCAGACAGGUAUGUCAUCCUGGGAGGCCACCGUGACUCAUGGGUAUUUGGUGGCAUUGAUCCUCAGAGUGGGGCAGCUGUAGUUCAUGAGAUUGUGAGGAGCUUUGGAAAACUGAAGAGGAAAGGCUGGAGGCCAAGGAGAACAGUGAUAUUUGCAAGCUGGGAUGCAGAGGAAUUUGGCUUGUUAGGAUCGACAGAGUGGGCUGAGGAAAAUGCCAAAGUAUUGCAGGCACGAGGAGUGGCUUACAUCAAUGCAGAUUCCUCCAUCGAAGGAAACUACACACUACGAGUGGAUUGCACGCCACUGAUGUACAGACUGGUGUACAGCCUGACUAAAGAG